AUGGUGCCUUCUGGAAGAAAACAUUCCGGGAAGUCUGCGAAACCAUCCGUGGGGGAUCAGGCUAUAAGAGCCUAUGAAUUUGAGCAAGAAGACAAAAAAGAUCUGAGUGGUUCAGAGGAGGAUGCCAUUGAAGAGAAGACCUCAACACUUGAGAAACAUGGGAAGAAAAGGACUUCUGCAGUAGUUGAAGAUAUGGGGGGUGAAGUACAGAAUAUGCUGGAAAGAUUUGGAGCUGAUAUUAACAAGUCUCUUCUUGCCAAGAGAAAGAGACUAGAAAUGUAUACCAAGGCUUCUCUCAAAACCAGUAACCAGAAACUUGAAAAUGUUUGGAAAAUCCAACAAGAGCAAAGGCAAAAGCUUAACCAAGAAUAUUCUCAGCAGUUUCUGACUUUGUUCCAGCAGUGGGAUAUGGAUAUGCAGAAAGCUGAGGAACAAGAAGAAAAACUUGCUAAUCUGUUUCGACAGCAACAAAAGGUUUUCCAACAAUCUAGAAUUGUUCAGAGCCAGAGACUGAAAACAAUUAGACAGUUGUAUGAGCAGUUCAUAAAGAGUAUGGAGGACUUGGAGAAGAAUCAUGAAAAUCUACUUACUGGCGCACAAAAUGAACUUAAAAAAGAAAUGGCUUUGUUGCAAAAAAAAAUUAUGAUGGAAACUCAGCAGCAAGAGAUGGCAAGUGUCCGAAAGUCUCUUCAAUCCAUGUUAUUCUGA